GUGCUAUUUGUACUAGCUUUUCUUCUCUUUAUAUAUUCUAUCUCUUCUCCUUUUCCUCAUUUCUUUUUUUCCAAGAGCUAGUUAAUCUUGUUUAAGAAAAUGGCAGGAAUUGCCUUUGGUCGCUUUGAUGACUCUUUUAGUUUAGGGUCUUUUAAAGCCUAUCUUGCUGAGUUUAUUUCAACCUUGCUCUUUGUUUUUGCUGGUGUUGGUUCUGCCAUAGCUUAUGGUAAAUUGACAUCUGAUGCAGCUCUUGAUCCUGCUGGACUAGUAGCUAUUGCUAUUUGCCAUGGAUUUGCUCUAUUUGUUGCAGUUGCUGUGGGUGCCAACAUCUCUGGAGGCCAUGUUAACCCUGCAGUCACUUUUGGGCUGGCUCUUGGUGGCCAAAUCACCAUUCUUACUGGCAUCUUCUACUGGAUUGCUCAGCUUCUUGGCUCCAUUGUUGCUUGCUUCCUUCUCAAAGUUGUCACAGGAGGCUUGGCAACUCCAAUCCACAGUGUUGCAGCCGGAGUUGGAGCAAUUGAAGGGGUAGUAAUGGAGAUAGUGAUCACAUUUGCGUUGGUUUACACAGUGUAUGCCACUGCAGCUGACCCCAAGAAGGGAUCUCUAGGCACCAUUGCCCCCAUUGCCAUUGGUUUCAUUGUUGGUGCCAACAUUUUGGCUGCAGGCCCAUUCUCUGGUGGAUCCAUGAACCCAGCCCGCUCCUUCGGCCCAGCUGUCGUUAGCGGCGACUUCACCGACAACUGGAUCUACUGGGUUGGGCCUCUUGUUGGUGGUGGGCUUGCUGGACUCAUCUACGGAAACUUGUACAUGCCUGGUGAUCAUGCACCUUUGUCCAGUGACUUCUAAGUUGAACAUAAUUGCUCGAGUUUAACUGGUUUCGUUUUUUGGUUUGUGAUCCAUUUGUCUUUGUAAUAAAAAGAAAGGAAGCAAGGGUUUGCUUUCUUUCUUUUUCUUUACUGCUCUUUCCUCCUCCCCAUACCCCCAACCUUCCUGUUCUAUUUUGUCUUUGUUCUUGUAAAGCAUUGUUAUGGGUACUUUUGCUUUGAGGAAUGGAUGGAUUUAUUUGAUGA